UCAGCAUUAAAUUGUCACAUCGUAUGCUUAUAGAUAACCGAUUCCUGCUACUAAUCAAAUCGACGUAACAUUACUUGUAUAACUAGUAAAACCUUCAAUCAACGCCUAACCGCUCGUCAGUUAUCAUACGCUUGUCGUACAAAAUGGACGGAAUGGAUUUACUGCAGGGGGUGCAGGACGCAGACAGUGAGGGUGCCAUGCCCGAAUUACCCCCCGAUAUGGGUCAAUUCAAAAUGCCUAGCUUGGAGCAAAUGGUACACCUCUUAGAAAAGAUGGACAUCCCGGAGGAGGAAAAAGCUAAAAUCAUGGAGGGAUUCACUAACAAAGCGGACGUUUUAGCCAAACUAGCAGGCCAGGGCGCAGGCAGAAUCAACGAUGCGAUGAGCCACAACCGCGGCAUCUUCGACCCUUAUUCAGGGGGAUCGUACUAUCUGCUCUUGCUCAUGCUUUCCAUUAUCGUUAUGAUUUUCGCAUUCUUCGGCUACAAGCUGUACAAAUCCCUGACUGAUAAGGAACGCAAACGAGAAGAAAAACGUAAACUGAAGCAGAUGAAAAAGAAGAAAUAACGCAUCGUAACAAGUCUUAACUUGCGCCGACUCUUCCAAAGUGUUUAAUUUAAGAGAAAUCUAUCCUUGUUUCAUAUGUUAUAAUAAAAUACCAAUAAUUCA